AUGGAGGGAGCACCAGCUCGUGAACUAAGCCGCACAUCGCGGGACCUGCUGGUAGAUGUCAUGCAGGUGCUGGUGAUGACGGACCUGGAGCUCUGCUUCUGGCCUCCCUGCGGCUCUGAGGAAGAGGCGCGGCAUUCGCUGUCACAGCUGAGCCCUUGCGUGCGCCGCAGGGCGCUCCUGGCUGCGCGGAAGGUGCUGAGGCCACUGGCCGACUUAUCGGCGUGUGACCUCUCCGGCAUUGCCCGAGGGGAGGCCGUGAAGGUGGACGGUGCGAAGAGCCUGGCGCUUCCAAGGGGCGCCGAGAGCCACGCGGCUCUUCGAGCCGUGGAGGUCCCAGCGAGGGGCCUCGGCGUGGUGGUUCUGGAGGAUCUGAAUAGUGGAGAAGAGCUCUUCGCCAUCCCUGAGGAGAAGCUGCUCAAUAUUCACAGCGCUCUGAAGUCUGAGCACUUCGGGGGCCUUGCGGAGCAGUUGCUGCGCGGCGGCCUUCAUGUGGAGGCCGUGACCAUGCUGUUUGCAAUCGCAGAACACAGGCGCUGCCAGGCGUCGCCCGCUGCGGAAUCCCCGUGGAGGGCGGUACUCGAGCGCGCGCCACAGCUCGACGAGGACCUGCUGCCAAUAACCUGGCCGAUAGAGGCCGUGGAGGCCCUGGGAGAGGAGGUUUUUCGCCUCGUCGAGGAAACUCAGCUGACCCUUUGGGCUUUGUCUCGGGAGGUGUCGACCGCCUUGGCCGCUGCGGCAAAGGCAGCACAAUUCCUAGGAGGAGGUGUGAGUUUCGACGACCUCCUCUGGGCGAGGUGCCUUUUCGACAGCCGCGCAGUGUCGCUGGAAAUCAAGGCAGAUUGCCCACACGUCGCCGGCGUGCAGCUUCCUUCCCGCGUCGUCUGCCUCGCCCCUGAGGUGGACCUGCUCAACCACAACUCCUCAGGAGUCUGUGCACCACCCUACUUCGACAACCAGCGGCGCGCGCUGGUCGUCGAGCUGGCAGCACCCGUUCGCAGCGGUUCAGAGGUCUGCCUUUCCUACGGCCCUCUCCAGAGCUGGGAGCUCCUCUUCUACUACGGCUUUUGCCCAGAGGAGGCCAACCCCCACGAUCGGUUUAUCAUCAACGUAGACCUGCCUGACGAAGGCAGCGCUGAGAAGGAGGUGGUGCUCCAAUUGCAGGGCAUCCCCACCGAGUUAGCCUUGCGACCCGGCCCUGUCCAGGUCGCCGAGUCCUGGUCUUCCCUGGGCACCUUAUCUCCCCAGCUGCUGAGGUGUUUUCGCGUGCUGCUCGGGGAGAUUCAUUGCCUGGAUGUCGACGCUGCCCCCGGAGAUGGGGCGAUGUUGGAGCUGGACCUGCAAUGCUUGGAGGCGAUCGAGGACCUGCUCGUCGGCUUGCUGGAGCCGCUGACAACAGUGCCAGGAGGAGGGGAGCCACCCUUCUGGUGGCCUUUGUAUGGCCAUCGGAUCCAGGCUUUCCGCAGCGCUCAGCGGAGACUCCUCGAAGCAAACCUGGAAGACCUCCGGGCCCUAAGGGCGAGGCUGGCAGAUCGUUUCGACGGCGACGAGCCGGCCGCCUUUAACUCAGAGUUCCAGGGCGACCUGAGGCUGGUUGUGCGAAGCACCGAGUCUGUGCGGUUUUCCGUUUCCAUGCUGCAUGUCCUCGCAGCGUGUUUUAGCCAGGAAAGCAGCUUUGUUACGCGGUUAGUCAUUUCCAGCACGAGUCUCGAGAGCAUCGCUUUAACCAUGCAACUUCUCAGCUUGGCACACGUCAGCAGUGCAGCGACCACAAUGCAGAAAUCCGCCGAGCUGCGCAGUGACGAGGUGCUUCCUGCAGCCCUCGAGCCUUGUUCUCCCCCUGCCAAGGCCGGUCGCCUCGCCAGCCUCCAGACCAAACGUUCGGAGCUGGAGGUGCAGCUCCAAGCUCGGACAACCACAGCAAGUAAUGCCAAAGAAGAACUGCAGCGUCACCGAGAGGCCGUGGAUGCUGUGAAGGGCGAAGUCGCUGAAGAGUGGAGGCAAGCAGAGCUCGCCGGGAAGCAGCUGGCGGAGGAGCACUCGUCUACGGGGCGUUAG